UAUUCUAGGGCGCGAUCGAACCUCCGCCCUAUGGGUACCAAUUAAGCGGCUCGAGAGAUGCUGCCGCAUGUAGUCGUCGCGCAUGAAGACCAUUGGGAACUAACAGCCACCUGCCUGCUAUCUUGGCGUAGAAAUCGCGGGGCUUGCGUAAGUCAUCGACGAAGGUCCACGAACGGCGGCGGCAUACCGCCCGCGCUGUAGAAGCCAGACAGACUCGUAUGUCUGCCGAAGUGGCCUACGGAUGCGUUGAGCAUUCUGUAGAGAAGGACACUACGUAUAUGUAUGACCUGCAUCUCUCUGAUUCUGAGUACAGUACAUUCCUCAGCUACCCUCCCGACCUCGCAAAGCGCCUCGCCAAGCACGACGCGUGCAUCUGGGCGCUGGGCAAGACAUCCGUCGGGAUGAACGAGGCCGAGUAUACGCAGAUGUCGCAUGGGUACGUCAUGAACGCUGUGCGUGCGCUCAGGGAGGCGGGCGUAGGAGAAGGACGGCCUGAAGGCGAUCCGUUCCGUGUUGUCUACAUUAGUGGAGAGGACGCGGACCCUAGCGGAACGUCGUUUGUGCUAUUCUCGCAGUCAAGGCAAGGCAGAAACAGACCUGCCCGAAUCAUGCAUGAAGGCACGCACCUACCGGCCGGGGUACUUCCCUGCAUCACAGUACCCUGAUGACCGCAGGCACCUGCGUUACGCGUACGCUGGGUUCAUGGACACAUUCCGAACUUCGUGAAGACACCCCUGUACAAGGUGCUAGCGCCGUCGCUACUGACGCCAUCGACGAUAUAGCGCAAUUUGCUGUGGAACUCGCGAAGGGGCGUUGACCGGAGAAGGAC